UUAUUGUAUUUGCCACAAUGACGCUAACUUGCCCCGCGAUUUUCAGCACCAAAUCCAACAUCAUCGAUUCGGCCAUCUCCGUCGGUUCUAACGGGUGGCCAGACGAAUGUCAAGGCCGAAAAAACAACGACCUUCUCAUGAAGCGGCUCACCAGAACAAGAGCAAGAAUAGGAAAGAACAAUAAGGAGAAGGAGCACUCUGCUCCUCAGAUGAAGAAGAGGAAGAACGGGAAAGAAAUCACCACAGAAUCAACAGGCAUCCUCGUGCUAGGGCUCGCUAGCUGGUGAAGAAGAAGGGUCGAGAGGUAUGGCGUUGCUGCAGCCUUGGGAAGAUAGGAGCGAUUUGGUAACGGACGACAGGAGAAGAAGACUCGUGCAGAUGGCUAACCGUUAAAAAUAGACUUCUAUGUGUCAAUAUUUUGGUAAUUUGUGUUGAACGAUAAAUAACAUAAUAAACUCUGACUUUAAAUUUUUUAUCCCCCUACCUAAAUUCAUGGCUCCGUCCUUGCUAUACCAUAAAGAAAUUUUUACAUAAAAUAUAGAUACAAAUUGAAUUUGUACUAUGAAGUAAAAUAUACAGGACAAAAUUUU